AUGGAGACUCCAGAAGAAAGGGAUCACAAGCUCAAACUUGCCAGAAAAAAGUUAAAGAAGUUCCAAGCUGCACGCUCUACUCAGCAGUCACCAACAUCAACCGAGGAUCACCACCUCCCCAUUAGUGCAAUAAAUGUCAACGCGUUGCAGCAUAAUGUGGGCACUUUGAAGACGAUGCCAUCAUCAGAUACAUUGUAUUCUGGCAUUGUGGACUCGUAUUAUCAAGGCCAACCACCACGAGUGCCCAGUCCAACGCCAAAACCUCAACACAAUACUACACGAAUCGCCUCUCAAAACAACCACACAAAGAAUUGGAGUGUGGGCUCAACAGAUAUGCUAGGAAUAAUCGGAUCAUACAGCAGUAGUGAGACAGCUGAACUCGCACGUAAUAAUAGAGUACCACCAUCUGACACGAGUGAGCCAGAACCAUCUCGCCCACCUCCACAGCCCUCACGAUAUUCUAAUGAGGUCCGCAACGUCAGCCCAACACGACAGAGCCCAACCAGACAAACUUCAUCUCCCUUCCAAAGCCACUCUCCUACACCAGCCGAGUCCAUAAAACCCGACGAUAGCAUGAUUGCUCUCCGUGCACGAGUAGCAGUCCUAGAAUCACACCUAGACGCCGCUAACGCUCGGGUAGAUCGAGCUAAUACUGUAAAUGGAGAGUUGGCUCGUAAAUUACACGACACAGAACAGGGGCUUGUCGCUGCAAAUAAUAUGAUUGCAGUGCAGAGAGAAAAAUUGUCUCGUGACGUAGCAGAAUCACGUAAAGUCAUGGAAUCGGCUGUAGGAGAAAGAGUUGAUACGACAAAAGCAUUAGAAGAAAUCAAGGGCGAAAGAGAUACCUUGAGAAAGAAGGUCAUUCUCUUGCAGAAAAUGCUUGAUGAGGAAAUGUCUGAACGGAACAAGGCCCGUUCUCGAGAGGCUGAUACUCAUCUGACAGCUGCAUUACAAGCCCGUAAAGAUGCUGAAGCUCUUCUACAAAAGACCCAACAUGAUGCCAUAGCCCAAUCAGAUUCCUUGAGAGCAGAAGCCACACAGGCCAUGGCAGCAAUGAAGAAUGAAAUUAUGGAGGAAUGGCAGAGAGCAUCGAGAGCUAGAGAAGAAGCUGAAAGAUUUAUAGAAGAUAUAAAGUCGGAAAAGCAGGCCCGUAGUAUCAUGUCAAACGGUGAUUCUCAUCGAGAAGAAACACCCUCAGCACUGGAACAAAAACUCGAAGAACGCCGACAGGCAAUAGAUUUAGCAGAAGCCACUCUAGCUGAACGAGAACAAGCUGCCUCUCGCUUAGCAGAGAAUGCUGAGCAAGAGCUGAAUGUGGCAAUGGAGCACACAAACCGAGUAAAGCAACUAGAGUCUCAAGCGGUAAAUGCACAGAAUCAGGCUAUGGCACUUAAACAGGCUGCUGAAAUGGAAAUACAGAGAGCUCUGCAGAUGCAACAGGCUCUCGAGACAGAACGCUCUGUAGUAAUUGCUGCAGCAGAGCAAGAGCGUAUGCAGCUCCAAUCUGAACGUAAUAGUCUACGAGAACGUGAAACUAUGGUUGCUGAAUGGGAAGUCAAACUUAGGUCAAUAAGUAGACAAGAAUCUGAAACUGCUCGUGCUAGUCCAUCUCGUAAAGGCUCUGUAGAAGAUCCCUCCGUUGCUGCCACUCUACGUAAAAUAGAAGCUGAAAAGAAUGCCAUGGAACGAGAACGAGCUGCUCUUGAUCUGAGAGAGAGCUCCUUAGCAGCUAGAGAAAGGCAACUGGCUCAACACAUGAACAUCACCGAGUUUGGAGAGCGUCCCACUAGUAGAAGUACUUCACCUAUUCGGCCUGCUGCAUCAACGUUGGGAAUACCACCUAGGCCACACUCUCCUCAACUCCGAGCAUCCUCACCAACUGCUGUGAAUGAGCUCCAAGCUGAGAUUGCUCGUUUACGAGAACGGGCUGAAAGAGCUGAAGCUGCCGUAAACGCACAAAGUCAACAUGGUGAUGAAAAUCCUAGUACGCCCGUGUCUGAGAAUGUAGAAGGUCUUAAAAAGCAGUGCUCGGAGCUAGAGAGAGCUAACCGACAGUUCCGUAAUACUGUAUUGAGGUUGACUGAAAUGCUCGAGGCCGAAAGACGUGCUAGAGUCACAGCAGCCUCAGAGCCAUCGCCAACUCUGAGCUUUGUAAGCAGUCAUAGUCCAACAUCACCCACCAAAAAAAGUGGUAUCAAUGACUCUGGAACUCCACCGCUAUUCCCAGGGACGACCAUCAACUCGACAGUAAAUUCAGUAAAAGAAAUCGAACGUAGAAUCAUCCAUCUAGAAGAAUCAGGUCAAGAAGUAAAGGGCCGUGUGCAAGGACUUGAAUGGGAAGUCAAUAGAUUGAAGGGAAGUAAAACUCCAGAGCCAUCAAAUAGGAUUAGUCAAGCUAGUCCUGAUAGACAGGGAGUAGCUGCACGUGAUAAGAAAUGGACACCGGAUGAGGCAAAGGUUUUAAAUCAAGCUAGUCAAGCUGAAUUGGCCAAGGCUGAUGUAGAGCAAUUGGUGAAAGACAAGACAGGCUAUGAUUUAUUAAAUGUCAUUGUAGCACUGACCAGUACAAACCAAUCCUUGUCGUCCAAGCUGCAAACUCUGACUCAGGCCUCUGCAUCAAGGCAUAAUUCUCCAGCACGCACUACAGUUGCUGACUUGUUGGGUACAACACCUCCUGCACAACUCAGGACGUUGUCGCAGCAACCGGAAUCUCCUUCCAAUAUAUCACGAAGCCAUACAUUUAUGCCAAUCGCCAUGGGUAGUAUAGAUGAUUUACCACGGGCUGUAGAAUCUAAGAAGUCUGAACCUAUGGCUGAACCUCAGGUGAAGGAAACCAAGGCAGUAGUAGAAGUAAUGGUACCAUCGCCACGUAGUCGAAGUCCCAGUCGAGAAAGACGUCCCAGUGGAGAGAGACGUCCCAGUGGAGAGAGACGUCCAGUAACUAUAAAGGAAGACGAAUCUGAAGACACCUCUCCCUCACGAAGCAAACUCUCUACCAAACCAUCAGAAUCAUCACUGAAAGUGCCUGAUUCACCGACUCGCCUUGGUAGUUUUAACCGUAAUGUAGGAGCUUCUAUGCCUGGCCUGUCACGGGGAGCAGUAGCAUCGUCGUCUGGAUCUACAUUGAAAAAGCCAACCAUUACGCUGAAUGCUGCUACUAGUACUCCCAGUCUCUCAUCACACAAGUCAAUGUCAUCUAUAAUACCAGCAGCUGUGAUGGAGAGCAGCACAUACUUGGAUGACGAUGAGACUCCUAGACAGUCGACCGUCAUAAAGCCCACUAUACCUCGACCUAAAAAGACGGAGAGUAAUAGUAGCAAUACUCCAGUUCAGCAAACCGUGAACGAUUGGACUGUGGGUUCUCAGCCAUCGUUAACCGUCUCACUUCCGUCGUCAAGGAUUAAGGCCAAAAAGACAGAGACUGCAGCCACUCUGGGUAGAUCAGAUACUUUAGCAGCAUUCUUCAGCGAAGCAGACCUUGGAGGAUUCUCAGAGACAACCCGAAAGAUACUAUUAGGGCAAUCUCAAAACCUGGUUGGGUCCACCAGUAGACUGGCUGGAUCUAAAGCCAAGCUUCAUCAAAAUGGAGACGACCGACCAGCUGUACGAGAAAUCAUCAGACAAAGAAUACGAGAUAAGGUGUCGAGUACAUAA